UUAAACGUCAUCACCAAAGCCCUUUCCUGUUCCUCGUGUCGGUCAUAACAUGGUUGCCUUUGAACGGAAUCAUCUGGAAGGACACCGAGCCUGCUGAAGUUACAGUGUGAAUCGAGGGUUUCUUGGCCGGAGCCAUGCCUCGCUACCAACUCGCCCUGAUCCUGAAGGCGAUGCAGCGGCCGGCGACAGCAGCCACUCUGCGGCGGUCAGUGGAGAGUCUGAUGGAGCGGGGAGCGGUGGUGAGGGACAUUGAGAACCUGGGGGAGAGACUGUUGCCCUACAAGAUAACCAAACACAAUGAGAGGCACAGCCGAGGGUCUUACUUUCUGAUCGAUUUCUACGCAGCCCCCGACAUCCUCACAGGCUUACUGAAUCAUCUGCACCGGGACGUGGACGUGGUUAGACCCACUGUGCUGAAGAAUGAGACCGAGGUCUCCAGAAGUAACUGCUGUGGCCCUCCACAGUGAUUGAAUGUAAGAAAUGGCUGAUGUUUUCCCAGCCCUUAUCCAGAAGAUGUACAGUGUCAUGCUUCCCUCUUUGACCUUCUCCAUAGUUUCUGACCUAAAUGUGAUCAUUAUAUCAGAAUAAAGUACUUUUUUCUAUCU